UCCGGUGGCUGCUGCCUUCCCCCCUCUCCUGCUCCUAUCCCCUCUCACCCCACGCCUGCCCCGGACUCUGCAAGCAUGAGGGUCUUGGCCUGCCUCCUCGUGGCUCUGAUGGGGAUCCAGGCUGUUGAGCGGCUGCGUCUGGCCGAUGGCCCCCAUGGGUGUGCGGGCCGGCUGGAGGUGUGGCACGGCGGGCGCUGGGGGACAGUGUGUGAUGACGGCUGGGACCUGCGAGACGCCGCGGUGGCCUGCCGGGAGCUGGGCUGUGGGGGGGCGCUGGCCGCCCCCGGAGGCGCCUUCUUCGGGGAGGGCUCAGGGCCCGUGUGGCUGAGUGAGCUGGCCUGCAGGGGCGGCGAGGGGCAGCUGGGCCUGUGUCCCCACCGUGGGUGGAAGGCCCACGUCUGCUCCCACGAGGAAGACGCAGGUGUCGUCUGUGCAGGUCAGCGUGUGGCCAACUCGAGGGACACAGACGGUUCACCUUCAUUUCUGGAUGGGGACUCCUGGCCGGGGCUGGCUGGGGAGCUGAGCCCCAGUUCUGAGGAGCCCCCUGUCACGCAUGCCCCUCGGCCAGCCGGGACCCCCCAGAGCAGCUCCCGGAAAAAGAGUCCCCGGCCGCCCAAGCAGGUCAAGUCCACCAGGGCCCCUUCACUAAUGGCUGGAGCCCCCCGCCAGGAGCGGCUGCGCCUGGCCUCGGGCCCCCACGGGUGCGCCGGCCGGCUGGAGGUGUGGCACGGCGGGCGCUGGGGGACCGUGGUGCUGGUCUCCCAGUGCCACCCUGUAGGACAGCCCCUGGCCCCAGGGCCUCCGGGAUGUCACAGCCUUUCCUCCGUCCCCCCAGAGCGGCUGCGUCUGGCCGAUGGCCCCCAUGGGUGUGCGGGCCGGCUGGAGGUGUGGCACGGCGGGCGCUGGGGGACAGUGUGUGAUGACGGCUGGGACCUGCGAGACGCCGCGGUGGCCUGCGGGGAGCUGGGCUGCGGGGCCGCGCUGGCCGCCCCCGGAGGCGCCUUCUUUGGGGAGGGUACUGGCCCCAUCCUCCUGGACGAUCUUCGGUGUCGGGGGAAUGAGACGGCCCUGCGGUUCUGCCCGUCGAGGCCCUGGGGCCAGCACGACUGCCAUCACCGGGAGGACGCCGGGGCUGUGUGUGACGGUGAGGGGCUCCGGGAGGGGUCGGGCGGCAGGCUGAAACCCCACCCCGUUAAACACUCACUCCUCAUUCCCGCCCCGGCACCCACCCUUGUGCUUUCUGCCUCUGUGGAUAUGAUGACACCAGGGACCUUGUGGUCCCCCCAACUGCGGCUGGUGGCCGGACCUAGCAGAUGCUCAGGCCGGCUGGAGGUGUGGCAUGCCGGGCGCUGGGGGACGGUGUGUGAUGACAGCUGGGACCUGCGGGACUCGGCUGUGGUCUGCCGGGAACUGGGCUGCGGGGGAGCUCGGCAGCUGGACCCCUCUGCGGGCCGCUUCGGCUGGGGCGCUGGCCCCAUCUGGCUGGACGAUGUGCGGUGUGCAGGGACUGAGACGUCGCUCUUUGAUUGCCCUGCCACUCCCUGGGGGAAGCACAACUGUGCCCACAAUGAGGAUGUUGGCGUCACCUGCACUGGUACCCCCGGCCUGGACUCCAUCUCAGACCCCUUCAGCUGGAGCUGGAUCCCUGGCCUGGGCAGAGACCCAGAUGCUUGGCUCCCCGGGGAGCUGGCCACCAAGCCCUCUGCAGGGCUGACCCCUGGUGUUCCUGAGAAAACCACCAAGGCCCCCGGGAAAAUACCCAAGAGCACCAAGAAGUGGGUGACCAAGCAUGCUAAGAGGCCGACCACCCAGGCCCCUGUGACGCCGACCACUCAACACUCCAGGGUCCUGGGCACACGGGCUCCCCCAGAACUGACCUCCCGGACCACCACAGCCCUGGCCACGGAGGCCCCCCACACGCUGACCUCUCACACCACAGCGCUGACCCCCCGACCCCCCUGGGAACAAACCUCUAAGACUGUGACAAUGUCGAGCACUCAAGAUGCCCGAGAGAUGACCACAGAGGCUGCCGCCAAUCGAAUUCCUCCUUCCUCUGUGGCACCAUCAGCUGAGAUCCCAGCGGAAGGUUCUCCAGAGUCAUCCAAAGACCCAGCCCCCUCCCCCACUGGGGGCGCCCCUGGGGGGUCAGGCCCCUUCCGGGUUCGUCUGGCUGAUGGGCCCAACCGAUGUGCUGGCCGGCUGGAGGUGUGGCAUGCUGGACGCUGGGGGACAGUGUGCGAUGACAACUGGGACCUGCGGGACAGCACCGUAGCCUGCUGGGAGCUGGGCUGUGGACGGGUCCGGCCCCGCGUGGGCAAAACCCACUAUGGCCCUGGGACUGGGCCCAUCUGGCUGGAUGAUGUGGGCUGCAAAGGGACUGAGACGUCGCUGAGUGACUGCCCUUCUGGGGCGUGGGGACAGCACAACUGUGACCACGAGGAGGAUGUGGUGCUGACCUGCACUGGCCGUGCCAACGAGGAGGACUAUCCUGCCUGGACCUGGGACCCCACCUCGGGGGAGGACCUGGCCCAGGGGACCACUGCUGCGGAGGCAUCUGGACACACUGUCCCCUGGGGCAGCACCCAGAGCCCUGGAGUCCCCUCCCCCGCAACGAGGCACCUUCCGGGCCCAGGUGGUGAGAACAGGUACGAGUCUUCCUGGACAAGGGACACGCCUUCAGGAGGGGCCUUGGCCAAAGGGACCACAGAUGUACCUGGACUCACUCUUACCACUGGCACUACCAGGAGCCCAGGGCAUCCUUCACCAGCUCCAAGGGUCCAUGGAGACACAGGUUCUGGGAGGAAGCCGUGGCCGGAGCGCAGGCUGCUGCGGCCCACGGCGGCCAGGACGGCGCCCCCCGCCCCUUCCCCGGGCCCACCAGUGACCUCCCACUCGGCGCCACACGUCAUCCCCGACGCAGCCGCACCUUCGACCAAGGCGACCUCUCACCCUCUUGACACUGUGCCACCCAGCCCAGACCCGGCCUCCUGGGCGAGCUCUGACCUCACCGUGACAACCCCUGGCAUUCCUUUGUCCACCCUCGGUGCCACCAUGGUCCCAGCGCUGACCCCUGAGCUUUCACCCACUCCACCUCCCACCUCGCCCAAAGAACUGACCUCGGACCCCUCUGCACCAGCAGCUGUGACUCGCCCGUCCCCUACCUCAGAGCUGACCGCGGAACCUGACACAGACCCAGGCCAGGACACAACUCUAUACCCCAACACCGUCCCAGAACCUUCUGGACCCCCAGACCACUCCAUCAGCCCUGCCCCCACCACCACUCUUCCCUCCACCACGACCUCUCACCCCACCAUGACCCUUAAUACAACCACUACCCCUCGCACCACCAGGACCCCUCACCCAGCCACAGCUUCUCACCCAUCCAUGACCCCUUUCCCCACCAAGAUCUCUCACCCCACCCCACCCUCUCAUCCCACCACAACCACUCAGCCCACAGCAACCCCUAAUCCCUUCACAAUCCCUUACUCUGUCUUGACCCUUCACCCUACCAUGACCCCUCACACCGCCAUGACCCCUCACCCUACCACAAGCCCUCACCCUACCACCACUGCUCACCCCAUCUUGACUCCUGGCCCCACCUCAAACCCUAUGAUCACUACUAGGUCCCUUUUAACUUCCUCAGAAACAGAACUUCCCUUUCCCACUCCAGAACCAACAGUCAAGCCCAGCCUGCACCCCCGGUUGACCUCCAUGGGGACCUCUCAUUCCUCCACAUCCCAUAUGUCAAGCCUAGAUACCUCUCCAGACUCAGAGUCCAACUCCUCCAGGCCCUCUCCAGCCCACAGCAUGGACACACCAUCCACUGAGGACUUCAAACCACCUAGGAGCCAUAGCCACAAAUUACCCCCCUCACCUCCUCAGAUCCCACACUCAGCCUCUGAACCCACUGUGAUCACUGACCUCCACCUGUCCUCUAUGGCCCACCCCUUAGAUCAACCUCCUCCUGACAAUCUCACCCUCAGGCCAAUCCCUGGUCAGAGCCCAGGUCCCCUUGGCCCAUGUGUAGCCCCAGUGCCACCUGUAAGAGUCAUGGCUUGUGAGCCACCUGCCCUGGUAGAGCUGGUGGCUGCUGUAAGGGACGUGAGUAGCCAGCUGCAGAGGCUGACCCAGGCCCUGGAGCAAGACCAGCGGGAACGCCAAGCCCUGGGACUGGGGCUGACCCAGCUGGUGGAGGCUGCCCAGGGUCUUGGGCAGCUGGGUGAGGUUGCGAAGAGACUGGCAGAGAUGGCCUGGCCCCCUAGCACACCUGCACCGACCACUACCAUCCCAGAGGAGGAAGAGAGGCCUCUGAGGGGAGAUGUGUGACCCUCUUUGGGACUGGAGGGGCUUAAGACACUCCCAACCAAAAAAGGAAAACCAAAGUAUCAAAUUAAAAACAAGAUGUGGAUGACG